GUGACGUGCGCGUGUACCCACUCGCAUUCCCCGCCUCCCCCUCGUAAAGAAGGCGCUCAUGUUGACUGGUCGUGUAGUUUGAUGCGUGGAGGCUCAAGGAGAAAGUUGUGGCUUUUAAAGCGCAACCAUGACACGCAGACUGCUGAAAAAAUGCUGACUACAUACCGGUGUUGUAAUCACUGACAUGCCGCCGACUUCAACAUGGAAAGAGAAGGCUCCUUAAGGAGGAUUUCGAGGAGUCUCCACAGCAGGUUGAAGUUGGCCGGUGGCUCCUCUUCCAGCUUGACUGACCUCUCAAAGACUCCUGCAGGAGGAGGAGGAGAGAAGGUGGCGGCGGAGGAGUGCAGCAGGGACAAAGGGACCCAGCAGAGGAGAGCUGGGGCCAAUGCCACCUGGAACAGCAUCCACAACGCCGUUAUCUCCGUGUUCCAGAAGAAGGAUCUGGGAGAGAAUGAGCUCUUCUCGUUGAAUGAAGGCGUCAGGCAGCUGCUAAAGACGGAGCUGGGCUCCUUCUUCACCGAGUACCUUCAGAAUCAGCUGCUCACCAAAGGCAUGGUCAUACUCCGAGACAAAAUCCGCUUCUAUGAAGGUCAGAAGUUAUUGGACACUUUGGCCGACACGUGGGACUUCUUCUUCUGUGAUGUUUUGUCCAUGCUGCAGGCCAUCUUCUAUCCAGUGCAGGGGAAAGAGCCAUCAGUGCGUCAAUUAGCACUGCUCCACUUUAGGAACAUCAUCACCCUUAACCUGAAGCUGGACGAGGCUCUGGCACGACCUCGAGCACGAGUGCCACCGUCCAUCAUACAGAUGCUCCUCAUACUUCAGGGCGUCCACGAGUCCAAAGGCGUCACUGAUGACUACCUGCGUCUGGAGUCUCUCAUUCAGAAGGUGGUUUCUCCAUACCUUGGCACCCAUGGAUUAUAUUCCACAGAUGGUUCGUCCAAUCAGCACUGUUCUUCCUGUCUGUUAGAGAAGCGUCUUCAGCGUUCCAGCCUGUCCAAAUCUGGCAACCCGCCCGUAGUGAAGAACCCGGUCAUGCGCUCCAAAAGCUACAACGUUCCCAUGCUGACCCCUGUUGUGGAGUAUGACGUGGACCCAUCAGGAGGUGGGGGUGCGGGUAUCAGACGCCACUCUGUGUCAGAGAUGACUUCCUGCGUGGAGGAGAGCGCCUCCUUGGCUGAAUCCAACAUCAACCACUCAGGUACCACAAGUCAGAACCCCCGGGUGAAGCAUCUCUCCCCAUCCAUCCUCCCCGAACCGUCCCCUCCGAGCGAUUACACACACUGCACGGACUCUCUGGCGUCAGACUCCCCCGUGUCCUCCAGAGUCCUGGCGCGGGACACAAGUUCAGACUCCAGCCCCUCAUCUAGUCCGGAGAUCACCACGGAUCCCCGCAUACCAGAAUCUCUGGACUCUGAACCCGAGCACGACGGCAUCUUUCUGGACUUCUCCAAAGGCGGCGCUGGAGGUGCAACACACAGCAGUAUAGCUUAACAGGUGACCACCCAGUACCUUUUUAGCUUAGCUUUAUCUUUAGCUUAUAUCAGUUUAAUCGAAAAGUGUCCCAUAAAAUACUCACACAGUAGUAUAAAAGUAUUUAUUACUACGAAUAGCAAGAAAACCUGGCACACACUGCCACCUAGUGUUCACCUCAUACCUGCGCAUUACAACAUGCUGCCUGAUAAGAAGCACAUAGACAAUUAAAGCUGUUUAUUCUCAACACAUCAAAUGACAUUCAAAUCUAAUAUAUUGAAAGACGCAGCAGGCUAACAUUCUGGUUAGAGAUUUCAGUCCUACUAUACCAAGAUUUGUGAAGCCGAGCCCAGCUCAGCUUCAACAACGGCGAUGAGCGUAAAAGGUCUAUAUUUUAAAUAUAUUUAAAUAUAUUUUAAUAUGACACCUAGCUUAAGUCAUUGGACGUUCCCGUCACGCGACGUCAGCAGGCGAGACUCUCCAUGCUGCAGCGUGAAGAAGGAUUCCGGUUUCACCUCGUUGUCCUCCAGAGCUUCUUGGAGGCGACGCGGUGGCUCCAGAUAGUACUGAGUAAAAGGACAAAAGUGGGUUCAGUUUUUGGGUGUCCAGCUUCUCCACCUUUCUCAGUGUACAAACGCUGCACUCAUGCAGCUGAGCAAACAAAGGACCUUUUGUUGGGAACAUAAUGGUGAUGGCAUACAUCGUUUUACCUCAUAGGCCAGAGCAAAUGUUCCCCAGUGAAUAGCCAGUGAGUGCUUGGCCUGAAGGUCCAUGUGGAUCUGCACCGCUUCCUCUGGGUCUACAUGCUGCCCUUUCAUCACAUCCCUAAAAAAAAAAAACACCACCUUCAGUAAAGGCCUAACAUAACGGAAGCAUGCGCAGAUAGAUGUUCACCUGGGAAGAUACGCUCCAAUUGGGAUUGCCGCUAAGUCGAACGGUCCAAAACGUCGACUGAUCUCCUUGAAAGCCGAACAGUAGCCGGUAUCGCCAGCAAAGAAGAAGCGGUGAUCUGGACCCAGUACAGCCCAGCUGGCCCAUAAGGACUGAAAAAAGAUGGAUGCCAUGUUUAGAGAGCAUUGUGACAUAAAGACAAGAUAAAUAAG